AUGCGACAUCAGCUCCUGUUCAGAUAUUCAGAAUUCGUCAGUGAAGGUUGUAAAUUCAGCAGAGAAGCAGAACUUGGAGUCCAGAUGGAGUCCAGCUUGUGGCUCGGCAGCAAGCGCCACCGAGCAACCCUCACCGGCUGGAACUUCAAGUGGACCCGUGUAGAUAGGAAGAACCGCGACAGCAAAACAAUUUCAGUGUCGGUGUCGGAUGUAGUCGGCGUGGAGGAGGGGAGAGUCAGCGUCCUGCCUCGCAAGACUGUUGAGGACUCUGACAAAGACUUCACCGUGUUCUACGUAAAGCGUGUCCGAAGUGGCAGCUCCCGCGGGUUGCUAUGGCGACUGGGUCAGACUCAGUUUAGCUGUCCUAGUCGAGUCCUGAGAGACCAGUGGACCAAACACCUAAGAGCUGCUCUCAAAACUCAUUGCCCUUUGCGUCCAAAUAAAUUAUUGGUAUUUAUUAAUCCAUUUGGAGGGAAGAAGAAAGGAAAGCACAUUUAUGACUCCCUGGCUGCUCCUCUCUUUGCGCUGGCUGGUAUCAGCUGUCAUGUUAUCGUAACGGAGCGGGCCAAUCAAGCAAGAGAUCACCUCCUCAAGAAAGACCUUACAGGCUAUGACGGCGUGGUGUGCGUCGGUGGUGACGGCAUGUUCAGUGAGGUACUUCAUGGUGUGAUCGGUCGCACGCAACAAGAAGCGGGCCUGUGUGAGAACGAUCCAUCUGUUGAGUUACAAGCGUGUCCACUUCACAUAGGCAUCAUCCCGGCAGGCUCCACAGAUUGCAUCUGCUACGCCACUGUGGGAGUGACCGACCCCGUCACGUCAGCUUUGCACAUCAUCAUCGGAGACUCCCAGCCUCUGGAUGUGUGUUCGGUGCAUCACGCUAACACUUUGGCACGCUACUCCGUCUCUCUGCUGGGAUACGGGUUCUACGGGGACGUGUUGUUGCAGAGUGAGAAAAAACGCUGGAUGGGACCGCUCAGAUACGACUACGCUGGUACAUUGGUGUAUCUGAGCAACAGAAGCUAUGCGGGCAUCGUUCACUUCCUACCGGCAGACCCGCUUAUUUCCAGUCCGAGGGAUAAGACACAAUGCCUCUCUGGAUGCGGUGUGUGUUCCAGCAGCACUGAGAGGCUUUUCAUCCAGUCUUCACAAAGUUCACUUUGCAGCUCGCACCACAGCCACAUUAGCAGUGAACCCGAGGGUGACUGGGUGAAGGUAGAGGGCAGGUUCCGCUGUGUGUCUCUCACUUCUAUGUCAUGCUCGUGUCCCAAAAGUCCUCUGGGCCUCUCGCCGUCCGCUCACCUGGCCGACGGGACUGGCGACCUCAUCCUGGUGUGGGACUCGAACCCGCUAGGUUUCCUCAAGUACCUCUACAGACACACCAGCUCGCAAGACCAGUUUGAUCUUCCCUUUGUGGAGGUCCACCGUGUGAAGGCAAUUCGCUUUUCGGUCUCCUCCAUCGAAGAGGAUGGCGCGUACAAGGUGGUGCGAGAACCCAGUCCGUCAGAUGAGGAAGAAAAGGAGGAAAAUGAAUAUCAUGUGGAGGAAUUAAGCAGGAAUGGAUCUCUGCAGCGCCUGAGGAGCAAAUGCUCGCCAGAUUCAAGAGUCACGUGUGGCAUGUGCUGUGGCAGAGCACCAACGACGUCAGUGUGGAACUGUGAUGGCGAGAUUCUGCCCUUCACCGACAUCCAGUGCAGGAUCCACGGGCAGCUGGUGCGACUUUACGCCAGAGGCAUUGAAGACACAGCGGCCGUUCAAUUAGAAAAUGGCCAUCUGUAA